GGCGUGUUCUACAAUCACUCAAUGCCCUCAAUUUUCCAAAAGAGACAACAAUGUCCAUUCACUUCCCUCGCAUGCCUGAUUCUUUCUCAUCUCGUCCCCUCAGGACUCUUCGAUCACAUCUCCUAGUGCUUCUUGCAUCAGAGGUUGACUCUUGUUCAUCACUCCUCUCCACAUCCUGACCGUCGUCGCCCUCACCGUUGCCGUCGUCAUGCCUGCGGUAUCACGACCUCUGCGGCAAGAUGCAGGCCCUGGCGCCAGCGGUAACGCUAGUGGCAUUGGCUCUACCGUACGCACCUUCCUCAUCGUUUUCGGCAUUGCUGCGGUGGUCGGCAUGCUGGGAUCUCUCCUCUUUGCAUUCAUCAGGCCGAAAUUUCGCAGGGAUCGCACUGGUCGACUAGCACCGAACAGACUCCCUACCUUUCAUAUCGGCAACAGAAACAGCUACCAUUUCCCAACCCAUCCAGCCUUACUGCGAGGUUUGGACGGUAACGCAUCGGCGGCUAUCCGGCAGGCAGCUCGAUUGUAUGACCCAAGAAUCACAACUGCAUUCCCUAGUCAUCCGACGGAAUUGACUACUAUCGGUCGUCGCUCUCCUCCGCAGUCUGAACACCAUGUCGGUCCUAUUCUUGGCAUCACCAACAGUAGCAGCAGUGAUGGUCUCUUCACACCAGCUAGGGAUCGUCAAGCGGAUAGACAGAAGGAAUACACAAAGUGCCCCCCACUACAUUCAACAAAGACGGUCGGAACUGGUCAGAACACGAUCAGCGCUUCCAACGGUACACACGAAUACAUCCUUCCGGUUCCUGAACCUCUUGCUCUGAAACCACGACCAGCAGGCCGCCCACCACCGUUGACCAGACAGCUCGAGAGGUUCCCGAUGCCAACAACUGGCUUGAGUCGAUCCGGAGGGUUUGCACGCCCUGUUAGACUGUUCGAUCAGCAACCUAACAUCAAGAAAAAAUUGGACGUGCUCAAUACUCCUUGUCCAAAACCUGGUAACAGCAAACGUACCAAUGGAAAGGUCCGGUCUUUCUCAGAUGACACUCAACAGCCAUCAGAAAAGCAUGUUGAUAUGGCAGCACCUGCACAAGGCCCUAAGCCACUGAACACAGCGGCCUCACGAGGAAGCAAGGAGACCGAGGAAGAAGAACAAGAGCCCAAUGAUAAGCCAGCAAUGCUCACGGACGAACCGUUUCCGAGGAGUCAAAGCUUGAAUCGAGCCGGUACAGUGACUCGACCGAAAACACCUGUCUCGGAACUUCGUCAGUGGUUUGACCGCACCGCAGGCGGCACCAAAAUCGACCAUUCGCCAUACAAACGAGCCGGAACUGCAAGCAGCAAUCCCUUCACGACCCCAGGACUGUCAACAACACCUCGUACUUCGCCAGAGCAAGUGACAAAAACAAUCACAGCUCAGUCAACCCCAUUUCAGGCACAAGACAAGGACAUUUUGAGCAUUGUUUCCGAGGCUGAGUCUCUUGACCCAUGUGCAUUGAGACGAACGCCGAGCUCUGUCGCACUCCCACCUGCGCAGCGGGUCGCCACAAGUGGACAUGCUGUGACAGCGAGGACGACUGUCAAUCGUCUAAGCAAGGCAUUGUAUCCUGCGAAUCUAUUCGCCAGGCGCAGAGGAGAAGGAGCUAGCAAUCUGGCACCCAUCCCAAGGAGAUACUCACAUUCCUCGCUCUCAACCAUCAUGAAGCCAAUGAUUGAUACUGCUAAGAGUAAGCCAAGCAAUUGCGCCAGCAGCGUCUACAGUCACCAUCCCGAACGCUUGAGUUUCAUCAGUACGGGAAGCCCUGGUGGCACAGAGUUCGCCGACGAACAUGCAGAAGCCACAAGUCACAAGGAGUUUGUCUCAGUCCCAGGUCGACAGAAGCAGCCUAUUCCUCGCCGCAAGACCGGAUCGGUCGACGUGCUCAAAUCGAAGAUCGAUGAGUGGGAUUUGCAUACCGAGGACCUCGAUGCGUCGGCUCUCCCUCCUGUUGCCAUCAAGCGAACAUUCUCGGACUCCGGUCUUCCUGUUGCUAGACGCCGUGCGGUCGAGGACGAGGAUGUUCCCAGGCUUCCAGAGAUCAGAUUUGAACGAAUGAGCAUGUUGAGUGACGAAUCAUGGGUCACUAUCGAUGGACCAGCGCCAGGUAGUGCGCCUGGUGGUGCAGAAUGGUUGUGAAGUGAAGCGAAAGUGAAAAAUUGGGCUUGUACAUAGGGGCUUUUUCGCCAUGACACAAUAGCAAAUGAUACUGUUUUCAUGGAUAUGGCGUGCUCCUGGUAUGCAUCGUUAGAGGUGCAGUUCGAUAGGCUUGGUAGGCUCCCGAAGUUCAGGGGCUAUCACUAUCAUCGUUGACCACAGAGAGUGCCCCGUUUACAUGUGCUUUCUAGACGUCGUUCGACGCUUGGAGCUCGUUAGAUCUAACGGGAUGAACUUCCUUGAUGUCUACUUGAAGUCCUUCGCC